AUGGGAAAUAAUGCUUCUUCAAAUGGACAUCAACGUCAGCACUCGGGGCUGCAGCAGGACCACAAUAAACUUUCAGCCAAAAAGUCCAACUCUUCUAGCGAGGGCCAGGUGAGAAAAUCGACGGCAGGCAACAUCAAUAAUCACUCGCUAGAUGAAGAAUUCAGUGAUUUGAUUUUACACCAGGUUGUCAAACAGCCUCCAAAUGCAAAUGCAAAUGCAAAUGCAAAUGCAAAUGUCACGCUGCCCAACAGUUUACUACCACACAAACUGAAUCAAACCUAUGACCACUUCACCAACGACUUGAUCGAGGAUGAGUUCAAUGAGGUCAAUGACGGUCUAGUCGAGGAGCUGACCUCAUUGGCCAGAAAUAUUCUUCCCGACAACAACUACUUUGAUGUCAACAAGGCUAGAGACAUCGAAGCGGAAGCGUCCCCCAGCGACCAAAUGGAUCUAGAUACGCCGUAUUCACAGACUUCGGACGAUGUUCAAGAGUUUGAGUAUGCCUUGUCGCAAACACCGACGCCAGACUUGUCCAAGGUUGAUUUCACCAAGAUCGGCAAUCAGGUGCAACCUUCGGCUCUUCGGCAAGCUUCCGGCUGGGAGCUGCCACAAGAACAACCAAAGCCCCAACAGCAGCAGCUGCUGCUGCAGCAGCUGCUGCUGCAGCAGCUGCUGUCACUGCAGUCGGGUCAAACAUUCCCGCCACCUGCCAGAAUGAUGUCGGCGGCGUCACUUGCCCGAACCCCACACUCUGCCUCCCCCAAGCCCGAGCAGCAGGAAAGCUACUUCCAAGUUAAUCAGCACAACCACAACCAGCUGUACUUGAACAACCACCAGGAUUUCCCAAGGCAACACCGAAACAAGCAAUUCAAAAGCAACAAUUACCAAGAACAUUUGCUCAUCCCCAUUGAAAUCAAAUGGGUCAAUUCAAACAAGGAGUCCAUCAAUAAAAUCUCAAUCAUUGGCUCCUUUUCCAAUUGGCGAGACGUUAUUAAAUUAUCGCCCCUGUAUAACCAUCCCAAUGAGUACGUCACCACGAUAAACUUGCCCCUUGGAGUACACAAGUUGCUCUACAUCAUCAACAAUGAGUACAGAGUGAGCGACCAGUUGCCCACUGCCACCGAUCAAGAAGGUUUAUUCUUCAACUGGUUUGAAGUUAUCGACGACACCCACCUUUUCAACCACUCCUUGAACCAACCAAACCACAUUGGAGCUAGCACGGACUAUGACGCGAACAUCAUAUCGAAUCUGGACGUUUCUGCCUCGGCCUCCCUAUCCCAUAGGCAACAGCUGGCUCACUCUCAAACAAAUCCACCUCAGCCCCAGGGUCAGGCCCCUGCUCCCAAAGUAGCGGGCAAGUACGAAGUGGAAAAGAUUCAAGAAAAGUCAAAUGAGUUGUUGCAUAAAAUCACCAAAGAAGCGAGCUCUCAAUUCGAGCAUGUCGAGUAUUACCAAGGCAAUGAAGACUUUAUGGCCGACGACGGCGAAGCCGAAUUGCAUGACAAGCAAGUGGCACAACAGCAGCUGCAAAACUAUCCAUACUCACAUGGUGCCGCUGCUGCCACCACCAACACAGCAACAACAACAACGGACAUCAACACCUCGCAGCAAAACCAAUUUUCACCUUACGAGCUCUCCAAAUCCAACUCCUUUAUCAACGCAGCCAACAAAAAGAUAGAGUAUUCCAACGAAAUCCCAGAAAUGUUUAUCAACUACGACUACUUCAAGCUAAAGCCGGCAGACUAUGAAUUGCCCGAACCGCCGCAGCUCCCGCCCCAUUUGAACAAUGUCUUACUCAACAAGAUCUCCAACCAAUCAAGCUCAGCCAACUCGUCAACAAACGUGCUCCCCGGUCCUCCCCCCAUCACGUCAGCGGUACACCAGUCAGGCGCAACCUCCAACGCCACUUCCCCCUCCUUCACGUACAAGAGACCGCCAUUGCGUCGCGCUGAUAGCUCCUAUUACGCAUCAAACAAGGAGGCGUACCACUUGUCGAUUCCCAACCACGUCAUUUUGAACCAUUUAAUGACUACCUCGAUUAAGAAUGACGUGCUUACCGUUGCUUGUAUCACUCGAUAUCUGGGCAAGUUUGUUACUCAAAUAAUGCACUCUCCCGCUGAUAAGUAG